AUGCUGCUGUUGUCUUAUGGAGAAGGAGGCUGUCUUCCCCAGAGGUUGAUCCGGGCUGCGGUGUGGACAUGGCUGGGGAGGAACGAGAGGUGGGUGGUCCGAGUGAAAGUCAAGGGGUCAGUGGGUCCAAGUCCGGAGAACAGCCGUCUGGCAGUGAACAGAACAGCCCAGAGCCAGACCGGCAAUGAAAGAUCAGGACACCCCCCCAGCCCACCGGAACCCACGGAGCGCAUGGAGGAUCACCGCAAACCUUUCCUAACCCGCAAGUUGGCCCUGAAGAAGGCCACGGUCCACUGCAGGAGCUCCCGCACGCUCUGGAGGGAAGAUGGGCCUCCCACAAGGCAGACCACCUCCUCUAUCCCCAACACUCAUGAGGGGGUGGGACUACAGCAGGACAAAGCCAAUCCGGAGCGGAGAGAGUGUAAGGAAGGGGGGCUCUGGUUGAAUGAAGCAGUUAAAGCCUGCAGGGACGUAUGCUUUGUGACUGCUUUAAGCACGGAGGGGUGGGGUGGGGGGGGGGACAAAGGAGACCCCAGGAGAGGGAGGGAGGCGGCUGAGAGUAAGAGCAUGGAUGGAUGA